AUGUUAGAAGGAGCUAAGUUAAUAGGUGCGGGAGCUGCAACAAUCGCUUUAGCUGGAGCUGCAGUCGGAAUUGGAAACGUAUUCAGUUCUUUGAUUCAUUCGGUAGCUCGAAAUCCAUCAUUAGCGAAACAGUUAUUUGGUUAUGCCAUCUUGGGCUUUGCUCUUACCGAAGCAAUUGCCUUGUUCGCAUUAAUGAUGGCUUUCUUGAUUUCAUUCGUAUUUUGA